AUGUCUGCUACGGACGUUGCUGCUCCUGCUGCUGGCCAGAAUGGCACCGCCGACGCCCCAGCCCAGAACGGCGCCCCUGCGAUCGACACCAAUGUCGCGCCUGCCGGUCCGGUCGACGGUGAUAUGCCUACUCCGUUCUCUGCCACCCCCAACACCGCGCAACACUCUGCCUCGCUCUACGUCGGUGAGCUCGAUCCCUCCGUCACUGAGGCCAUGCUCUUCGAGUUGUUCUCCUCCAUCGGCCAAGUCGCCUCCAUCCGUGUCUGCCGCGAUGCUGUCACCCGCCGUUCUCUUGGCUACGCUUACGUCAACUACAACAAUACGGCUGAUGGCGAGCGCGCCUUGGAAGAUCUGAACUACACCAGCAUCAAGGGUCGCCCGUGCCGCAUUAUGUGGUCUCAGCGCGAUCCCGCUCUCCGCAAGACUGGACAAGGUAAUGUCUUCAUCAAGAACUUGGACGCGGCAAUCGACAACAAAGCGCUUCACGACACCUUCACCCAGUUUGGCAAUAUUCUCAGCUGCAAGGUCGCCCAGGAUGAGCUUGGAAACUCCAAGGGCUACGGCUUCGUUCACUACGAAACCGCCGAAGCCGCCAAUCAGGCCAUCAAGUCUGUCAAUGGCAUGUUGCUCAACGACAAAAAGGUCUUUGUUGGACAUCACAUUGCAAAGCGAGACCGACAGAGCAAGUUCGAGGAGAUGAAGGCCAACUUCACCAAUGUCUACAUCAAGAACAUCGACGAGUCAGUGACCGAUGAGGAAUUUACGCAGCUGUUCGAGCCCUACGGCGCCGUCGUCUCAGCUACCAUCACUCGCGAUGAGAUGGGCAAGAGCCGCGGCUUUGGUUUCGUCAAUUUCUCCAGCCAUGAGGCGGCCGCCAAGGCUGUGGACGAGCUGAAUGACAAGGACUUCCAUGGCAAGAACUUGUACGUUGGUCGCGCACAGAAGAAGCACGAACGCGAGGAAGAGCUUCGCAAACAGUACGAGGCUGCCCGCAUGGAGAAGGCCUCGAAGUACCAGGGCGUCAACUUGUAUGUGAAGAACCUGACCGAUGAUGUCGACGACGACAAGCUACGCGAUCUCUUCAGCAGCUAUGGCACAAUCACCUCCGCCAAAGUCAUGCGCGAAGCGUACGAACGCACUGACUCUCCCGCCACCGAGAAGGACAAGGAGAACAAGAAGGAUGAUGCUGAGAAGUCUGGUGAAGAGGCCCAGACUGAAACCAACGACAAGGAUGAGGCCAAAGAUGAGGCCAAGAAGGAGGCCAAGCCUGCCGGGAAGACCUUUGGCAAGAGCAAAGGCUUUGGCUUCGUCUGCUUCAGCAACCCAGAUGAGGCUUCCAAGGCAGUCUCGGAGAUGAACCAGAAGAUGAUCGGCGGCAAGCCAUUGUACGUUGCCCUCGCUCAGCGCAAGGAUGUUCGCAAAUCGCAACUCGAGGCUAGUAUCCAAGCACGGAACACCCUUCGCCAACAGCAACAAGCUGCGGCCGCCGGUAUGCCACAAGGCUACAUGCAGCCUACCGUCUUCUAUGGCCCCGCCAGUCAGCAGUUCCUGCCACCUGGUGCUCAGCGCGCUGGCAUGCCCUUCCCUGGUCAACCUGGCAUGGUCAUCCCUGGCAUGCAAGGUGGGCGUGGACAAUUCCCUGGCGGUUUCCCGCAGCAGGGUCGCAGCAUGCCCCAAGGUCAACAGCUGCCGCCCAACUUUGGUCUGCCUGGCCAGAUGCCAUUCAUCCAAAAUCCUGCUCUGGUGAACGGUAUGUACAACAACCCGCAAGCUUUAGCUCAGAUGCAAGCCCAAAUGGGUCGCGGCGCCGGUGGUCGUGGCCAGAUGCAAGGCAUGCAAGGUAUCCCUCCUACCAUGCAGGGUAUGGGUGGUAUGCGUGGCGGCGCAUUCCCACAAGGUGGAAGAGGUGGAAUGCAGAACAUGGGAGCCCCUCAAGCUGGUCCUCGCAUGCCACCACAAGGGCGUGGGCAGGUUCCACCUCCCCGAGAUGAUGCGCCGGCUGGUGGCCUCGCCAACCUCGCCUCAAUGCCCCCGAACCAGCAGAAGCAGAUGCUUGGUGAGGCUAUCUAUCCCAAGAUCCAACAGAUUCAACCGGAACUUGCUGGCAAGAUCACUGGUAUGCUUUUGGAGAUGGACAAUUCGGAACUUCUAGCCUUGAUCGACGAAGAGGCUGCUCUUCGUGCCAAGGUCGACGAAGCUCUUACUGUCUAUGAUGAAUACGUCAAAGGCCGUCAGACCAACGAACCGGCUGGUCCCAACGGCACGAAAGAAGAGGAUGCCCCCAAAGCUGAGGGUGCCGAAGCAUCUGCCUAG